AUGCCCGGUAGCUCAGAAAGCCGGUGUAUCAGACUUGAAGGCGAGUCCCUCCAUAUUUCAUCAGUGGAAAGAAUCUCCAAGUCCCCUAUCUCUUAUUGGUGCGUCGGGCGCAUCCCUGAUGUACCUGAGAAUGGCCUUCCUCCUGUUCUGUACGAAGAAAAAGUCAAAAUCAUGGCUGCUAGAGGUAAAAAGCAAAUUGUUGAUCAUCCACUCUCAUUUUUCUCCUAUGUCAGCGGAGUCCCAUUCGACUUUAGCGACGAGAAGGAUGACUCAACAGGACAAGUGGCGUAUUUCUCCAGGUGGCAGAGGACAUACUGCCACGCUUCUAGUACACCAGAUCCUGAAGGUAGCCGCAUAGACUUGUUGCAAAAGAUGUUCAAAGCCAGAGCAAAUGAUCUAAGACGCGGAGUCGCCCAACUUUUUACGUUCAGUGAUGACGACAAUUCUGCGAUAGCGUACAUCCUGGUUUCUGUCACUGGGACGAGUUUUCUAAUCAUACCGUGGAAUCGAAAAGAGAUUCAACUGUGGGUCGCUUUGAGCGAUGAGUUGGGGUGGGAAUGGACAAAUGAUUUGCAGAGUUUCUCAGACUAUGCCGGUUUCGAUACUAUCUUAUUCUUUCACCAUUCGAAUGUGGACAGACUAUGGUAUUGUUCUGUUAUUGAAUCCCCCAAGUUGGUUACAACGAACAACUCCUUUCAGACGGGCCGCUACUACCAUUCCGAACGGAGCAAGGAAACUACUGGACCUCUUCUCAGGUCCAAUUUCUGCAUGAGCAAAGCUACCCCAAGUAUUAUUCGUUUCCCGAGUUUAAGGGAAUUAAGGUCGAUCCAAGUUGCCACGUCAUUUCAAGAGCGUGCCUCGGCGUGCAAAAGGGUGCAAGCCUACUAUGAUUUUUAUCCGCAAACCAACGUGAAACAGAAGGAAUUUUCAUUCGAGUCCGCAGCUCUGUGUACUGUGCGUCGUGAGGCGGGAUCCAUAGUUCUUGGGAUGAUUCCAAUUCCUCCCGAAUUGAUCGAGAGCAUUAUCAAAUCAAACAAAGGUGGAGAAUCUUCAUUCGACCAGACCCUUGCUCACAUCAAGGGGGCGUUCAUUGGAAGGCUUGUGGAUGCUACUGGCUCAGAGCUUGCCGGGGCUGAGGAGAACAAGAAUCGUCCUGUUCAUCUAUGUGACUGGCAGCACCACAACAGUAUCUUUAAUAACAAAAUGUGUGAGGCAGAUCAAGAGGAUACUAUACUGCAACUUUCUCGAUGGCAGAAGUUCCCAGGUCUCCAAAUAGUCUACAAUAGUGCCUCAAGCAUGAGUUGCACCUUGGGGGUAUGA